AGGGGGCAAAUUAGAUCACCCACCACUAUUAAAUCAACUUGAGAUAUCCAAAUCGAGAUGCCCAACAAUCAGGGAAAACAAAUCGUGUUUGAAGCAAUACGCCCCGUACUUGUCGACGCGCGGGGUACAUCGAAAUCUUACAUGGCCAUAUACAGUGUCAUGAAAGAAUUCUCUCACCGCAAUCCCGAGUCCAUGAUCGAGCUCCUGAUUCACAAUUCCAAAGGCAUCCUACACGACAUCUCGACCUGGUGCGAAGCAACCGGCAAUGAGCUGAUCAAUUCGGAAGUUGGAAGCGAUGCAGGAGAUGAGGACAUGCACGUUCUCAUUCAGAAAGGUGUUCAAGCUGGAAGUGAUCAAGAAGGCGAACGGCAGAAGGAGAAGAAAAUGAUAGUCAUGAUCUCAAGUUCGGAUCUGGAUUUUGUGACUGCUCCUUUCGACAGAGCACUUGCGGGGAAAGUGCUCGGAAUGGAGGUCAGUGUUAUCUUUGAAGGUGCUGGAGUCAAGCUAUUGCAGAAUGGAUAUCGGGCAACUCGCUCGGGAUUGUUUGGGGCGUUCCGGACAUCGGGUGUGGAAUGCAAUUUGAGAGACUCCGGGUCACCAAUACCAUCAGAAGCGAUUGCUAUGUUGGCUGAGAUGGACGCCAAGUUCUAUGUCUGUGGUCUGUCGAUGGAAGCUCAUGGUGUGCGGCAAGAGGAGUUGCUGGUUGAGCAUUCUGUGGUUGCUUCCACUGUUACUUGGGUCGAGAUGUUAGCUCAUAGCGAUGUCAAUGUGUUCUCACGGGCAAAGCUCGAGACAGCUUGACCUGGAAGAAUCAAGUAAAUCGAAAAAGGAAGUUCACUCAGAGAUGAUGGUUGAUAUGAAACCAUAAGACUCGAUUGUUUGCCUGUGGUGUAUAAAAAGCGAAAAUCCAAUUUCCAGCUAAAGGAGGAUACUGAAAAUCCAAAAGAGCAGUGAAUGGAGCCAGAUGAGAUUGCAAAAUUGUCGUAGACUAAGCCACAAACUAACAAAUGUACACUCUGCAAGCUAGAAUCAUAUAUGCCAUUCUCU